AUGUCUCCCACCAAAGAACCCUUCACCAUAACUGCCUCUCCAUCCACGGAUAUCUGGCGCAAACCUCCCACCACCGAUGCCUUCAAUGCACCCACCAACAUGGCUUCGGCAAUAUCUCUCACCUCAUUCCUCUCUUCCAAGAUCACAUUUUCUCUCCCUUGCAAAUAUCGCUACGACCAAGGUGGUCUUCUUCUCCAUCUCACCAAAGCCGGUUCUAAAGAUCGAUGGUUGAAGACUGGAAUUGAAUUUUAUAAUGGAAAACCGUAUGUGAGCACUGUUGGAUGCGAUAAUUUCGCAGACUGGAGCAUCUAUCCGACAGGUCUUGAUCCAAGUGAAGACGUGGAGGUUACGGUCGAAGUGAGGAGAGAGGGUGAUGAGAAUGGAAAGGGUCUUUGGGUUUAUUGGAUCAAGGGCGAAGAGAGAAUACCACUCAGAGAGGUGGCGUGGUUUUUUGCCGAUGAAGAAGGUUGGGAAAUUGGAGUUGGAGCGAUGGCUUGUAGACCUGCUAAAGCUGAGGCUACUAAUGGAGAGAGUUUAGAGGUCAAAUUUUGGGACUUCGAGUUGAAACAGCAUUGA